GUUAAAAAAAAAAAAAAACACAUCGUAAAACCCUCAGAAACCAAAAAUGAUGUCCGGUGCAUGUUGUGCACUAACCCGCACCCCCUUUCUGUCACUCCCCUCCGUAUCCGUUUUCCCUCAACCCACUCCCCUUCAAUUUCAACCACUCUCUUACCGCUCUCCACCUCUCUUCUCUCACUUGCGCCUCCGUCAUCCUCGCCUCUCCGCCCUCUCCAACGAUGGUUCCGGCGGAACUGGUGGAGCUUCCGGUAAUGGCGGCUCUGGAGGCUGGAAUUCUGGUGGCAAUGAAUCCGAAGACGAAGGGGGGAAUCGGUCAUUCUUGUCAUGGUACUUGGCUCUUCUCGCAAAGUAUCCUGUUCCUGUUAAGGCUUUAACAUCUGCAAUUUUGACACUAAUUGGAGAUUUGAUUUGCCAGCUUGUGAUAGAUAAAGUAGAGACACCGGACUGGAAGAGGACAUUCCUCUUUACGCUACUCGGUAUCGUGUUAGUUGGUCCAACACUGCAUUUCUGGUACUUGUAUCUGAGUAAAUUGGUUACACUUCCUGGAACAUCAGGUGCACUUUUGCGGCUUGUACUUGAUCAGUUCUUAUUUUCUCCCAUGUUCAUCGGAGUUUUCUUAGCUACAUUGGUGACGCUAGAGGGAAGACCAUCACAAGCUGUACCCAAGCUUAAACAGGAGUGGUUUUCUGCUGUUAUAGCAAACUGGCAAUUAUGGAUACCUUUUCAAUUUCUCAACUUUAGAUUUGUUCCGCAGCAAUUUCAGGUCCUUGCUGCUAAUGUUGUUGCUUUGGCGUGGAAUGUUAUUCUCUCAUUUAAAGCACACAAAGAAGUGCUUCCAAAAUAGGCUAGGAACUUGGGAGUAGUUGCAGGAGCUGUAUUGUUAUGCUAAUUUAGGUGAACAUGAAAACUAGGUGUUUUAUAAACUUGCAUGUAGACUCGAGCGCUGGAAUUUAGAAACUAGAUUUAGUUCUCUUUCUCUUGCUCACAUUAAGAGUGAGGUAAUUGUCUUUCCCAUUCUCUUGCUUGAUGUGUGUUGCUUAAUCCUGAGGGGGUGCGGAUAGGAGAAAAUCUUUCCCUUUUGAUUCCUUUGUUUCUUGCUGAUCUGGGCUAUGUCGGGCCUGAUAUCUUUUUUUUUUCUUCCCUUCUUUUCUAUGACUUCAGUUUUUAUUUUAUAAAAAAGAGAUUGAGAUGACUUUAUUUUCUGAAGGGAAAUGAACAUUUUAGAUACUCUAAUUUCAUGAUUUCAUGAACAAGAAGGCUCCGUGAUUUUGUUAUACCCAC